GAGAAGCGUGGCGUUACCGUGCUAUAGAUUGCUUGCCGGCUGCAAGAGCGUCCGACGCUUGCGCGACAGACGAGCGAGGCCCUGAAGCUCCGAAACGGCGGCGUGUGACCACCGAGCGCACACCCUGCCUCGCCAAAAGAUUGAGCAAUCCGUUUCUUCCUUGUGCACUGUUUGGCCUUGAGCGCCUGGAGCCAAGCGAUAUCCURGUCAUGAUUUUGGAGAGUGCCAUGUCCGAUAUUCCAUCUUCRACAGCUGAUGCCGGGCAUAUCCCGGCUGUACCGCUCAUMGCCGAGGUCGCCAGCAAGUUGACSGCGAUUUUGGUCGUGGUCGCCACACUCCUUGGCAUAGCGACCACGCUGAUCGGCAUCUACGGCUACAAGCAGGAGUUGGCGAUUAAGCGCGAGAUCGCAGACAACGCCGACGUACUGGAAAAGGCGAAGGCGGAAAAGACGGUCGCAGAGUCGAAAGCUGCCGCCGCGCUGGCCGAAAACGCCCGCAUCAAGCAGGCGGCCGAAAGCAAGUAUUCGCAGCAAAAAGCGCUCGUUGAGGCAGCCACGGCACGGUUUGCCGAACGGAUCAAGCGGGCGGAAGCGGACAAGCAGUCGGCGGUCGCCAUCUCGGCUGCCGAGAUCGCCAGGAAUGCGGAUGUGAAGUUCAAGGCGGAAGCGGAGAAGGCGACGUUGGAAGCGCUCGAGAUCGAGCACAAGGCGAACAUCGAACUGUGGCUUGCCAACUGCGCAGCAAGGGAGGGACCGGGCGGUCAGGACCAGCUCGUUGACUGCUCCAAGAGGUGGUCGUGCAUGCCGGGUGCGGGCGGCGCGCUAUGCUGAAUUCGCCGUGGUCCCGCAAGUUGUUGCGCGCGGCCCUCGUCCUGUCGAUUACAGUCGAGAUCGUCGUGCUCGGCGUGCAAUGGCAGGACAUCAGGUCGAAAAUUGCGGUCGCUCAAAAUGCGCGCGAUCGUCAGAAGGGAGAAGCCGAUAAGGUUGCGGCCGAGGCGCGCAACGCGGAAGAAGUUGCG